GGUGGGGGGAGAGGGCACACACGCAAUCCAUCAAUUGCCUUUAUAAAUGUCCCGGGUCAGACGUGGGGUAUUCAGUCGUCUUCGACAUACAGCUGAUAACACUGUUCUCUUGUUGAAGAUAUUACGCAUUUAUCAAGGAUGAAGGCAAUUAUCGCACUCGCGCUAGUAACAUUAUGCGUCCUCGCCCUGUGUCAAGAUGCGUAUGCCUCACCAUCAGACAUGGACAAGACGAAAGACACCAAGGCUAAGGACGGCGCUGCUACUGUCAAGGAUGCGAAGACCCAGAAGGACCUCAAAAAGAAAUGCGCUAAACAGUGUUCGGACCAUCAUCACAUCUGCGCUCAUGAUCCAACAAACCCAACUGUAAAGCCAAAGACAUUUGACAGUACUUGCCACAUGGAAGUCGCUAACUGCGAAAUGGGAACCAAAUACGUGCUUAAGAACAACGGCCAAUGUGUUUGAACUAAAUUUGAAGAAUGGAAAACGACUCAUACACACAACUCUCUGCACCACCAGCACCUUCCGCUCUUGUAUAUCUGCUCUAUUUUCUUGUAUAAUUAUGAAAACAUCAAUGUAGAUGAGAAAAGUAUCGAUUAAAUUCGGCAUUACGAUGCAUACUUUAUUAUUA